CCUCUGAGCCAAUCACGGCCGCCCGGGGGCGGGUCGUAAACGUGCGGACUGUUGUGGAUGUGGGAAAAUGGACAAUUUAACGCGCACGUUCGUCACCAUUCACUACACACACGGACGACGACGAGGAGGAGGGCGAGGAGGAUGAGGCGCCGCGCUCGCACUGUUGGAUUGACCCGCAAAUGUCCGGCCGUGGUGUGAAGAGGAAACGCAGCAGAAGAGGAGCGUGGAGACACCGACACCCGGAGGGGCCCUGCAGACAGCAGUCACGUCAGGCACCAUGAGGCAGCGCGCUUGGCCUGAGAGAGCGGAGAAAUCGCCCUUCAUCACUCCCAACCAGGCUGAGCAGCGGAAGAAAUGCACACAGCAGCAGCAGCAGAAGCAGCAGCAGCAGCAGCGAGAGCAGAAGCAGCAGCAGCAGCAGCAGCGGCAGAGACGGGCUGACACACACAUCUGAGAGCACAGUGGAGAGCAAAUGGGGAAGGCGCAGAGAGACUGAGAGAGUCGGAACCUCACAUCGCGUCAUCCUAAAUGGCAGCGUGGCCCGGGCCACACUCUGAGGCAGUGAUGUCCUUGUUAACACAUUGUCCUCUGUUAGAAUCUCCUUGUUAUAAGCCACAAGUCAGUCCCACGCCCCUGUGAGGCCACAGAGCUGAGGGGCAGAGGAGAAGAGAAAAGAGACAGAGCGGAAAAAAGAGACAGUGACAGGCCCCCAUGCAGGCGCGUAAGAAGUAUGUCCUGCUGGGCUUGUGUGCGUGCUGCUGGCUGCUCCUCUUUUACUGCGGUGGAGGAGUCCAGCUGCGUAUGCUGCGGCUGCUGACGCGCCAGCGGGGUGAGGUCAUGCGGCCGUGGCCCAACUGGACAGACCGGGCCUUCUUGCCCCGCUAUGCCCACCUGGACGAACUCCAGACCGACCCGGGGACGGUGGAGUUGCCGCACCAGCGGCGGCAGGCCUGGUCCGCCAUUUACAAAGACAGCCGCUGUCGCAUGGAAACCUGCUUCGACUUCUCGCGGUGUCGCCGCAGAGGCCGCGAGGGAUUCAGGGUUUAUAUUUAUCCGUCCGAGAAAAAUGAUCACGUGUCGGAGAGCUACAAGAGGAUCCUGACGUCCAUAACGGAGUCGCGGUACUACACGGCCGACCCGCGUGAAGCGUGUGUGUUCGUGCUCGGGGUAGACACCUUAGAUCGGGACCAGCUAUCAGGACAGUUCAUCCCCAAUAUGGAUGAGCGUAUUCGUGGUUACCCAUUGUGGAAUGAUGGGAGGAACCACCUGAUCUUCAACCUGUACUCAGGCACGUGGCCCAACUACACAGAGGACCUGGGCUUCAACAUCGGCCAGGCCAUGUUAGCCAAAGCCAGCCUCAACACUGAGCAUUUCAGGCCGGGCUUCGACAUCUCCAUUCCGCUGUUCUCCAAGGAUCACCCGCAGAAGGGUGGCGAGCGUGGCUGGCUGGUGAGGAACACCAUCCCGCCGCGGAGGAAGUACCUGCUGAUGUUCAAAGGGAAGCGCUAUCUGACAGGAAUCGGCUCCGACACCAGGAACGCGCUCCAUCACAUCCACAACGGGAAGGACAUCGUGUUGUUGACGACGUGCCGCCACGGGAAGGACUGGGAGAAGCACAAAGACUCCCGCUGUGACCACGACAACCUGGAAUAUGAGAGGUUUGAUUACCAGGAGCUCCUCCACAACUCCACCUUCUGUCUGGUGCCUCGGGGUCGACGUCUGGGCUCCUUCCGCUUCCUCGAGUCACUACAGGCGGCGUGUAUCCCCGUGUUGCUGAGUAACGGCUGGGAGCUGCCGUUCUCUGACAUCAUUCAGUGGAACCAGGCGGUCAUCGAGGGAGACGAAAGAUUACUGCUGCAGGUGCCGUCCACAGUGAGAGCAGUCGGGAACGAAAGAGUCCUGGCCCUCCGACAGAAGACCCAGAUGCUGUGGGAAGCCUACUUUUCCUCCGUGGAUAAGAUAGUCCUCACCACGCUGGAGAUCAUUAAGGACCGUGUGUUUUCCCAUAUAUCGAGGAACAAGUACAUGUGGAACUCCCUGCCCGGAGGUCUCCUGGUCCUGCCGGAGUACUCAACUCACCUCGCUCAUUUCCCCUUUUACUACCUGGGAUUAGGGGUCAGUCCAGGUCAGGAGUUCACUGCUGUCAUACAUGCAGUCUCCCCGUUGGUUUCUCAGUCUCAGCCAAUCAUGAAGCUGCUUCAGGUGGUCUCCAAAUCAAAGUACUGCUCACAGAUCAUCAUUCUCUGGAACAGCGAGAAGCCGCCGCCCAGUCGGAGCAAAUGGCCUCCCAUGCCGGUUCCCCUCACUGUGACAGACGGCAGGAGGAAGACCACCAGUCGGUUUCUACCUCACGUUGCCAUAGAGACAGAUGCAGUGCUGAGCCUGGACGAGGAUACAGUCCUGCUGACCAGUGAGGUGAACUUUGCCUUCCUGGUGUGGCGGAGUUUCCCUGAGCGCAUCGUGGGUUAUCCUCCCAGGAGCCACUUCUGGGAUCCCCUGAAGCACGCUUGGGGCUACACCUCGAAAUGGACCAACGACUACUCCAUUGUUCUGACAGGAGCUGCCUUCUAUCACAGGUACUAUCACCACCUGUUCACCCACUACCUGCCCCAGUCUCUGCGGACCCUGGUGGAUCGUACCUCCAACUGUGAGGACAUCCUCAUGAACUUCCUGGUUUCUGCCGUAACUCACCUGCCACCAAUCAAAGUGGCUCAAAGGAAACAGUACAAAGAGUUGCCAAGCCCACAGGGUACGAAGAGCGUCCCGUGGGCCAACCCAGAGCAUUUCAACCAGCGUCAGGAGUGUGUCAACACCUUCGCCAACUGGUUUGGUUACAUGCCUCUGGUUCACUCUCAAUUUCGCUUGGACCCUGUGCUCUUCAAAGAUCAAGUAUCAGUUCUUCGGAAGAAAUACAAAGACCUGGAGAGGGCAUGAAAUGGACAGAAACACUGGGAGGUCUGGUCUAGUCCAGUGGCCUCUUGGACAGACAAUUGGACCAAUCACAGGUUGACAGUUGAAAAGCAGUACUCAAGGAUGUGGGCAAAUUGGUACGAUCAUCAGGCAGACCCUGGCGGACUGUUCCAGACUAGGUAUGUUUAGAUAUGAAGAAAAAGGGUCCAUGAAGUUUGGAAGGAGAUUGAACGGAUUCUCCCAUCUCCAUGGGUUUGGUGCAACCACAAAGGAAAUAAUUUCCAAGAGUCUCUGUAAAUGGGCCGUCUUACAGAGAAAGAACAAUCUCUUCUGCACAGCACGUAAAGAAACGUGUGAACACUUCUCAUAGCUACCACGGUGACAGUAAGAAGGAAAUCGGCAGUUUCAUGCCAAAAGCACCCAAGGGAGACUUGUAGUGGUGCCAUGCACUCCAGCUGUCGAUGUGUCUCGAUGUUACUGUGUGGGGGCAGUUGCCAAGGAAACGGAUCAUUUCACAUCAAAAUGCUAAGUGUAAAAUCAAUAAAAAAUGAUUUGUAAAUGCAAA